AGCUGUGCUGUGUUGUGUAACCUCACGAUUUAAUUUGGAUCGGCAUGGACUGCGCUCGUAAAGUUUUACGUGUUUUGCCAAAAAAUCCGCAAUUAUUUAAACGCAGCUUUACAAUGACCUCUUCACAACGUGCCAAGGAGGCAAUUGAAAAAUUGAAAGAGACAAAUCCCUAUUACUCCAAGUAUGCCGAUAAGAUUGCCAAAGCACAACUAACUUCGGCAGAAGAAUUCUUGGAUCGGAUUGAGCGCGUCGUCAAUCCCUUUAAAGAUGGUAAAAUUCAGGCCAGAUCCUACUCAGAGCUUUUGAAUCCCAAGCAGAAGCUUGCUAAAGAGUCGGCCGAAGUUCCCCACAAGAAGCUAACCGACAUCAUGAAGAUGGAGUUAAUCGCUGAUAAGAACGCCGAUGAGAUAUCGCAGAUAUGGAUCGAAUACCACAAAACCAAGGAAGUGUUGGCUGCCACAUUGACUACCAGUCAGUACCAGACAUUGACUGAGCGCGCCAAGGAGCAUCCAAUCUUCCUACUGCCAUUGCCGCGCAGCGAAGGAUUCGAAUUCAUCAUGUUGCAGUUCGCUGCCAAUUCGGUGCACUUUACACCCCUGCUGGCCUACCAGGUGCACCAAGAGAAUGCCCCCGAAUGCCUCACCUUGGUGCACUACACCGAGAUGCAGGACAAGGGCAUUAUACUGAUGCGCGGAGAGUACGACACGAAGGUGCUGACCGCACAGGAGGCGCAGUGCCUGGCAAAUGAACUGCAAAUGUUUUACUAUAAGACCGACGAGAGCAAGCUCAAGCUGCUGGAGACAUUCACCAAGCGCCCGGAUGAGUUCAAGCACAUGGAACUCAUCAAGGAAGUUGAAAACAUUCAACUGGGCUAAGCAAUUCAAUAUUAAGUAAACGCCAGUAAAAUAAAAAAUAAUCGUAAAACGGAAA